CCCACCUCUCUUUCUCGCCCCUAGACAUAGCCCUCCCUCAGGCCCACGUCUCUCCCACUCCUCCUCCGCGCGCUGGACUUACGCGGGCUUCAGCGACGGGAGCCCUCGAGGGACAUGGCAACUACGGCGGCGCCGGCCGGCGGCGCCCGAAGCGGGGCUGGCCCUGAAUGGGGAGGGUUCGAAGAAAACAUCCAGGGUGGGGGCUCAGCUGUGAUUGACAUGGAGAACAUGGAUGAUACCUCAGGCUCCAGCUUUGAGGAUAUGGGCGAGCUGCAUCAACGACUGCGGGAGGAGGAGGUCGACGCUGAUGCAGCUGCUGCAGAAGAAGAGGAUGGGGAGUUCCUGGGCAUGAAGGGCUUUAAGGGACAGCUGAGCCGGCAGGUGGCAGAUCAGAUGUGGCAGGCAGGGAAGAGACAAGCUUCCAGGGCCUUCAGCUUGUACGCCAACAUCGAUAUCCUGAGACCCUACUUUGAUGUGGAGCCGGCCCAGGUGCGAAGCAGGCUUCUGGAGUCCAUGAUCCCGAUCAAGAUGGUCAACUUCCCCCAGAAAAUCGCAGGUGAACUCUAUGGACCUCUCAUGCUGGUCUUCACGCUGGUUGCCAUCCUCCUCCAUGGGAUGAAGACAUCUGACACGAUUAUUCGGGAGGGCACCCUGAUGGGCACAGCCAUUGGCACCUGCUUCGGCUAUUGGCUGGGCGUCUCGUCCUUCAUUUACUUCCUCGCGUACCUGUGCAAUGCCCAGAUCACCAUGCUCCAGAUGCUGGCACUGCUGGGCUAUGGCCUCUUUGGGCACUGCAUUGUCCUAUUCGUCACCUAUAACAUCCACCUCCAUGCCCUCUUCUACCUCUUCUGGUUGCUGGUGGGUGGGCUGUCUACCCUCCGCAUGGUGGCAGUGCUGGUGUCACGAACAGUGGGCCCCACGCAGCGGCUGCUCCUCUGUGGCACCCUGGCUGCCCUGCACAUGCUCUUCCUGCUCUAUCUGCAUUUUGCCUACCACAAGGUGGUAGAGGGGAUCCUGGACACGCUGGAGGGCCCCAACAUCCCGCCCAUGCAGAGGGUCCCUAGGGAUGUCCCUGCUGCACUCCCUGCUGCUAGGCUUUCCACCACCAUGCUCAAUGCCACAGCCAAGGCUGUCGCGGUGACCCCGCAGUCACACUGACCCCACCUGAGACCCUUGGACGGCCCCUGUUCCCCCAUCUGUGGAGCAGAGGAAGAUUAAAGAACAGUACUGAUGGCGUGUGUCUCUUUGAUGGGGUCUGCAGCUGCCUCAGAGCUGUAGCCACUUCUGCAACCCCCUUACGCCUGUGGGCCUUCUGAAGGGCACAAGGCCUGGAACCCCUGGCCAGGACUGCAGGGCUUUGCAACCAGUGCGGAAAGUGGCUCAGCUCCUCUGAGGCCCUCUCUCCGCCUCCUCCUUCCUCUCUCUUUAUCUCCCCCACGUUGUCUUGCUAAAUAUAGACUUGGUAAUUAAAAUACUGAUUGAAGUUUGGAA